ACUAAAGACGAAAAACAGAAACCAACCGUCCACAAAUUUCCAGGUAAUUUACAACGAAAGAAAUACACUUCUUUCCCAAAAAGGGUAAAAACACACACGGAAUCUAAACAGGUUCACUCAGAUUCAAGAGCUAUUCAUGUUCACUUCCUUCACGUCUUCAAAUUCAUCACAUAAAGAGUACUACUAUCCCUCAAUUCAAAUCUCCGUUUUCAAUUCCAUCCGAUUUUGAUUCUGAGCGCCAACAAAAAAUGAGUAAUCUGAAAACAAUUUGUAGACCGCACACGGUGUUCUCGUCGAUAGCGUGGUGUUGUUGCAAGGAUGGAGCUCGCUCUCGAUUGCGUUCUACUACUGCUGUUAGGGUUUCAACCUUGUACCCUAAUACCAAUCCCCGCAUGUCCUCUUUUUUCGAUUCCUCUGAAUUGCCCACCCAAGUGCCCUGGACCUCCAGAGUGAAUCAGAGGAGGACCAUGGUUAAGGCGUCGAAUUGGACCGAAGCCAAAUCUCCGUAUGAAACUCUGGAGUUGGAAAAGAAUGCCGAUGAAGAGAAAAUAAAGGUUGCCUAUAGACGUUUGGCCAAGUUCUAUCAUCCAGAUGUGUAUGAUGGUAAGGGGACCCUUGAGGAAGGGGAAACAGCUGAAGCUCGAUUCAUCAAGAUUCAAGCUGCUUAUGAGCUGCUUAUGGAUAAGGAGAAGCGAAGGAAUUAUGAUACCGAUAAUCGGGUCAACCCUAUGAAGGCCUCUCAAGCAUGGAUGGAGUGGCUUAUGAAAAAGCGAAAAGCUUUUGACCAGCGAGGUGAUAUGGCUGUUGCAGCUUGGGCUGAGCAACAGCAGCGUGAGAUGAAUCUCCGUGUGCGCCGACUUUCCCGUUCGAAGAUGGAUCCUGACGAAGAAAGGAGGCUUCUGGCAAAAGAAAGGAAGGCAGCAGUUGAGAAUUUCAACAGUACCAUCAGGCGGCAUUCGCUUGUACUAAGGAAAAGGGAUUUGAAUAGAAAGAAAGCAGAAGAAGAUAAGAGAAAGGUUAUUGGUCAGCUUUUAGCUGCAGAGGGUCUUGAGCUUGCAUCUGAUGAUGAUGAGGAAGUGUAGACAAAAUAUAUUUUAGUUGUCUUCUUUUCUGAUUUGUAUCAUACUUUCUUCUAUCUUUUUAAAAAUGCUGUAAAUAUGAUUGCUUACAGAUUACAAUAGAAAUGCAGUCAUCCUGUAUACACGGUGAAA